GAUGCUCGUCAGUGUGCUGCCGGUGUUUAAUUCGAUCCAGUGCGAUCCAGAGCUGAACGCCGUCACAAGUGCCUAAAGUGUAGCAAACAUGAAGCAGGUGUGCAUUAUUCUGGCAGUGCUGCUGUGCACGGCAGCCGUUGCGGAUGCAAUGGUGUUUGCUUACGCGCCGACUUGUGCGAGAUGUAAAAGCAUCGGGGCACGCUACUGUGGCUACGGCUAUCUCAACCGGAAGGGCGUUUCGUGCGACGGACAGACGACCAUCAAUAGCUGUGAGGACUGCAAGCGAAAGUUUGGCCGCUGUUCAGACGGCUUUAUUACAGAAUGUUUCUUGUGAGUGGAGCUCUGCUGGAACCAUCAUCGGCAGGACCGUCGGUGCGUCUUGUGCAAGGUGUUGUGCGAGCGAGGAUGCAUUUGAAAUGAUGGUCAGGAUUUGUCUUGUCUAAUUAAUGCAGUGCGGUGCAGUUUACGAGAUAAGCGGUUGCAUUACUCAAGCGGUUUAAUCAGUGCCAGACGUUGGUCAAAUGAAAAUUGCAGUUGAAAUGACUCAAACAUUUAAGCGAACUUUUAUAGUAAAAUAAACGGAAGGAAAAUUUACAACAGAAA